CGCUGUGACUCGCGCCUACCUUGCCAGGGAGGGCUCUAGUCAGCUGCGCAGCCCCACAGGUGGCACGGGCCGGGUGAGAGGGUUCCCGCCAGGCUGGGCAGUGGAGCGCCGCACAGCGCGCCUUCGCGCCUCCCAGCCGCCUCCCAAGCAGUUCCUACCCAGCGCCAGCAGGCCUGCUCGGUCGAUCUUCGAGCCGAAGAUGCGGCGGGGCUGGAAGAUGGCUCUGUCUGGGGGGCUGCGAUGCUGCCGCCGGGUACUGUCCUGGGUGCCAGUGCUCAUUAUUGUUCUGGUCGUGCUCUGGUCCUACUAUGCCUACGUCUUUGAACUCUGCCUCGUGACUAUUUUGAGCCCAGCAGAAAGAGUUAUCUACCUCAUUCUCUACCAUGCCAUCUUUGUGUUUUUUGCAUGGACUUACUGGAAGUCUAUCUUUACACUCCCACAACAGCCAAACCAGAAGUUCCACUUGUCUUAUACUGAUAAAGAGCGCUAUGAAAAUGAAGAGAGACCUGAGGCCCAGAAGCAGAUGCUUGUUGAUAUGGCCAAGAAGCUACCAGUGUACACAAGAACCGGAAGUGGAGCUGUACGAUUCUGUGACCGGUGCCAUCUGAUCAAGCCAGACCGCUGCCAUCACUGCUCUGUCUGUGCCAUGUGUGUUUUAAAAAUGGACCAUCACUGCCCUUGGGUUAAUAACUGCAUUGGAUUUUCCAACUACAAAUUCUUCCUUCAGUUCUUAGCUUAUUCUGUACUCUACUGCCUGUACAUCGCUACAACAGUCUUCAGCUAUUUCAUCAAAUACUGGAGAGGGGAAUUGCCCAGCGUUCGCUCCAAGUUCCAUGUCCUUUUUCUCCUCUUUGUGGCCUGCAUGUUUUUUGUCAGCCUUGUGAUUCUCUUUGGUUACCAUUGCUGGCUUGUCAGCAGAAACAAGACUACCUUAGAGGCCUUCUGCACUCCAGUGUUUUUAAGUGGACCAGAGAAAAAUGGAUUCAACCUUGGCUUCAUCAAGAAUAUCCAGCAGGUGUUUGGAGAUAAUAAGAAGUUCUGGUUAAUACCUAUUGGAUCCAGCCCUGGUGAUGGACACUCCUUCCCCAUGAGGUCUAUGAAUGAAUCACAGAACCCACUACUUGCAAAUGAAGAACCUUGGGAAGACAAUGAGGAUGACAAUCGAGAUUAUCCAGGAGGCUCAUCAUCUCUUGACAUGGAAACAGAAACGUAGCACGGUUCACAUGUCCUGCAUCUCAGACAGGACUCAUCAUCUCCCAUGAGGCUUAUAGAUUUCAGUGAUUCUUCUAAUCCAAAAUAAGUCACCAUGUUGGAUUGAAUGCUUCACAGUUUGAAAGUGUUCCAUCAAAUACUUGCUCUACAGAUGUUUCAGGACUUCACAAAUUAUUUAGUAUGCUGACUGAACUCAGUUUGGUAACAAUUAUUUCAAGCAAGGUUUUCUUUCUCUCUUAGGCUCCCCCAGUCUAUGGAAAACUGAAUGCAAAAUAUAUAUCAUUACAUUCAUCUAGACAGGUAUAAGGGAAUUCAGCAGAAUACCUUGGAGGCUUGAAUUUCCAAGGAAAAACUAUUAAUCACAUCUCUCUCAGUCUUUUUGAUAUGGAGGGGAAUCAGCAUGCAUUUGCAGCUUAUGUUCAUGGGCAUUUAUAAACAUGUGUCAGUACAGCCUAAGUACAAGUACAAGCCAGUACAGUACAAGAUUCUGCUGAAAAAUCAAGGCUUAAAGACUAAAACUGGUACUUAAUCAUGCUUUUUCCACAAACAGCAAUUUAGAUAUUUGGUGAAAUUUGAACCACCCCCAUAUCACGUAUCUAAAAUUCAGAGGGAUUUAAUACACUGUGCUCAGGUUCCUCGAGUUCAGAAUUGAACAAUGCAAAACCGGUUCUGUUACAAAAGUCCCUAAAAGCACCACAACCAAUAAGGAAGACCAGAUUAGAUCAGAUCAGACUUCCACUUUAGCAUAACAAUUAAUGUUUUAAGGAUGGACAUGGUGGCAAAGGUCUGUAAUCCUGGCAUUAAAGAGGCAGAGGCAGAAGGAUCUGCAAAUUCAAGGCCAACCUAAUCUAAGUAGCAAGUUCCAAGUCACAUAGCAAGACUUUGUCUCAUCAAACAAAGAAAAUUAAUGUUUUCAAGACUUAUUGCCAAUCCAUGCCAUUAUUUUAUUCACCUUUCUGCUAUCUACCUUGUUAAGGUUUUGCAAAUUACUUAUAUGGUGAAAGAAAUACUAUAACCCUAAGUUCUGUAAAGAACUUUAAGGGUUAUUUUCAGGUAUAAUUAAAAUUCUAUCUGAUAUUAGCCUGACCAUUAAUUAAAAAUCUGUGUUUUCAUUGUAGGGGUUAAUGUACAGAGAGUGACCAAGCAGUAAUAUGCUGAUCCUCCUUUUAAGCUUCAAUGAUAGCUUAAUGAUUAAGAUAGUUUACAUCCAUUCCCAAUUCAUUUAUAACCAGCUUGUCUUUCAGACCUAGUGCCUGGAUCAAUGAGUAUGGACAUUGAUGCUACUUCUUUAUAAUAAUAAUAAUACCUAAGAGUAUUGAUGUUUUCCAUUUUCAAUCAGCACUCUAGUGCCCCGCUACUGACAAUAAAAGCCCAACUCUUGUAGAAAUCAGUGGCAGUUACAGGCAUCUCACAUAUAUCAAGGAAUUAGGCUCCUUAAGAAAUGUUUGGGUUUACUAAAUUAUCCUUUCUAAAAUCUCCCCGAGUGAAAAAAACUUCCAAGCACAAAUAAAUUGGCAUUGAUGCCCCAGUACAACUGAGAAAGCAACAACGAAUCCUGUGCAUUUGGAAUCUUUAGGUAAUUUUGACCAAGGUAAGACAUCUACCAUAAAAUUAAACAAACUGUGGUUAGCAUUUCUUUCAAGAGAAUACUAUAUAGAAAUAAAUUAGAACUGAGGGGAGACUGUUUCUGAAACUCAGAAACUAAGGAGCAGCCUAUUCUAUGCACAUUGGAAUUCAUAAUGAAGUCUUAAUAUGUUCAAGUGGGAAGAUUUUUUCCCCUUCCACUCAUCUAAAACACUUCUCUUGUCUAUUUAUCUUGAAAGCGUAUUUGACCAGGCACAUACUUUUACGCUGGACAAGCCUUGCCUUCUAGUCCUAUACAAAAGUACCUCUCUGUAGCGGGGCAUGGUGGCACAUGCCUUUAAUCUCAGCACUCGGGAGGCAGAGGUAGGAGGAUCACCGUGAGUUCGAGGCCACCCUGAGACUACAUAGAGAAUUCCAGAUCAGCGAGCUAAAGUGAGACGCUACCUCAAAAAAACAAAAAAAAAAAGUACCUUUCUGUAAAUUGAGGGGCACCACUUGUUGCACAGCCAUUGGACAUCAAAGCAAUCUUCUUCACUCCCAUCUAUCAUCUUCUGCCAAGGAUUUAGGCAGAACAGCAGCUAGCUAUCUAUGAUUCAAAGUCAGGAAGUCAUUGAGAACUUCUCUAAUAUGUAGAGUGUAUUAACAUUCAGACCUCUCUGGAAUCGUGUCAUAAAAGACAAUGUCAGUAAGCUACAGGGAAGCACUAGACGGGUAAAGCUCAGGGGAGCUAUAAUGCAAGCUAAUUGUUUAGCGUCUUACAGACUUACACUGUCCUCAGAAGGCCAAAUAAAUCAGGGUUGUUCCUGGGAUCUUAGAGAAAAUAUAAACCCUAUUUUUGUUUUAGUACUUUAAUCCCACUAGCAUAUAGACAUUGAUAAUGUACCUAUCCAUAGAUUAUUGACUACUGUAAAUAAGUGUCUACAUGAUUGAUUAUUGACCAAGAAAACAAAGAGAUUUGUUUCACAAUUAGCACACCCUGACCUGACUCUUUUGCUUUCUUCUCCUUGAAGACCUGUCUAGUAUUUGGUACUCGUCUUCCCUAUUUGCAAAAUGAUGAUACUCAUUGUUAAUAACCUACAGCUGAAAGGUGCUAUGUAACUCCCUAGUACUCUUACAUGUUUUUCUUUUCAGGGCUGGAAUGAAAAGUUUUACCAUAACAGUAUUUCUACGCAAACAAAUAUACUCUAUUAUUUUCUUCCA